AUGCCCAUGAGCCGAGGAUCUUCUGCUGCGCAAGGGCGCGCCGCCCGGAAGAAGCAGAGGUCCUUCAAUGGCUUGAUUGCUGCUGCGGGCCAGUCUGGUCAGCUGGACUUGGCAGCGCACUUCCUGAAGCAGAUGCAGAACAGCAAUGUGCAGCCCAAUGUUAUGUACACCAAUAUCAUCAGCGCCUGCGCCAAGACUUCUGCUUGCCAUGCUGCCGUUGGCUGGCUGCAAGAGAUGCGGGAGGCAUGCUUGCGUGCCGGCCGAGCCGCCGACACUCAGGAAGCACAAGGGGCCCAGAUGGGACAUGGCCAAGGGCCUCAGUCCCAAGCGGCCCGGGCGCAAGCGCUGUCCCUGCUCCGGCGCAUGCGCCAGGAAGGUGCUGGUUCCGCCAAAAUCUUUGACAAAUGA